GCUUAGCCAAUUUAGUGCUGUUUAAAAACUAAACCAGAUGAAUCCAUAUUUAAGAUUGGCUUCCUUGUUGAAUGUGAGAAUGAUGUUUUUAAGUUUGAAAGUUUUUGAAUUAAGAAAUAUUAAGUUUUUGAAAGUCAUUAAAGAAACAACUAAGGUUCCAUGGUCUAGUGGUCAGGACAUUGGACUCUGAAUCCAGUAACCCGAGUUCAAAUCUCGGUGGAACCUCUUUUUUUUUCAUUCCGCUUCUUCUCCAUCACAUCAAAUCCGUUCCACGCUGGCUCGAUAGCAAAGUUGGGAAUCGCCAGGAAGAUUAGUGGCUGUCAGUCACAGGUUUUGGGCCAUCCGCCAUUUCAGUUUAUACCUCCCCGGAAACGAGCUCAGCCAACAAGGGAGCUUUCAUCGGCGGGAAAGAAAUGGCCUUCUCUCUGCUCUCAGUUCCGACGCCUCAUCUUCACAGCCCCAAAUCCACAUGGUUCCACACUCAACAACCACACGAAUCUCUCCUUUCUCCCAACCUCAUCCAUUACUCGUCCAAACCCUUCCUCCCUCUUUCUUCUUCUUCUUCUUCUUCAAACUCGGUUCUGGAAGAAGAGCCUUCUCCCGCUUCUCCUCCUCUCCAAGGUGCUGAUUCCAACUCUCUUCCUCUCAGAGGGUGUGAGGGAUGUGGGAGGGAAGAAAUGGAGAAGGGAUGCAAUGGGAAAGGAAGGAUACAAGGCGGGAUUGCCGCGGUUCCUGGGUUUGGAUGGUGGCCAAUCAAGGCUUAUCGCCCUUGCCCUGGUUUCGUGGCUUCUGGCGGCCGUUACACUCGCCAAGGCCAAUCCAUGGAUGAGGUCGUCUCCGGCGGCGGCGGUGGCCGACGGAUAGUCUCUAGUCCUCCUCCUUCAGCGUCUUCUGAAUUGAAGACUAGCAAGAAAAGUCGCGGUGGCUCGAGGAAGUUGAAGACAUGAAGCCGUGAGUUGAAUGAUGGACUGCAUCGAAUUGGGUGGUGCUUUGCCCUGACAGCACAAUGGAGAAGCUCAGAAAAAGAGGGCAGUUGAGAGACUGAAACGAAGUUUGUGAUGGGAUUUGGUGACUCUGCAGCACCAUUCUUUUGCUGGUUUCGACGUAUAUGAUGUUUGUUGGUUAUAUCAAUGGAAGAAGAAGGUCUUACUUUCAUAGUUUCAUGGCGAGGAUGUUGUUAAACAGAAAAUAGAGGAAUUGUGAUCAUGGAAGCUCUGUUUGUGAUCGGUUCAAUGGGCUUUCCACUUGGUGGACUUGGGAUACUUGAUCCAAUGGGCUUUGUGAUCUGUUCAACUACGAUCUUUGUAACCAAACAGGCUGAGGCCCAGCUAAAAUAUACUCGACCAAUUGGG